AUGUGCGAAGGCCCUAAUGGUGAUAAGAAUCAUGAAAACCCCCUCUGGAGAUCCAGGGAGAGCCAGCCCUUCGCGAGGAAACUUGGUGACGCGUUGCUCUUCACGGGAACUGCGAAUGAGCAUUUGGGGUCAGCCGUUGCAGAAAGACUCUCCACACGUUUGGGGAGGGUUUCUGUAGGUCGAUUUGCCGAUGGAGAAGUAAACAUUCAGUUUUUAGAUUCUCUUAGAGGGAAAGAUGUUUACAUCAUCCAACCCACCAGCACUCCUGUCAACGACCACCUCAUGGAGCUUCUCUUAAUGAUUUCAACUUGCCGCCGCGCUUCCGCCAAAAAGAUUACUGCAGUCAUUCCGUACUUUGGAUAUGCCAGACAAGACAGGAAGAUGAAUAGCCGAGUCCCAAUCUCAGCGGCGGAUGUUGCGCGGAUGAUGGAGGCUAUGGGCGUAGACAGAGUAGUUGCGGUAGAUCUGCACUGCGGGCAGAUUCAAGGUUUCUUCGGCCCUCGUGUGCCGGUAGAUAAUGUGGAGGCACAGAUUGUUGGCUUGGACUAUUUCGAGUCGAAAGAUUUGGAAAAGCCGGUCGUUGUUUCCCCUGAUGCUGGCGGCGUCUAUAGGGCGCGCAAGUUUCAGGAAGGAAUGGUUCGCCGUGGCUACAAAGAUUGUUCGAUAGCCAUGUUGAUUAAGCGGCGGAUCAAGGCGAACGAAGUGGAAAGCAUGGAUCUUGUUGGAUCUGUAGAGGGACGCGACGCUAUCAUCGUAGAUGACAUGAUCGAUACCGCCGGUACCUUGGUGGAAGCCGCCAGGGAGCUUAAGAAGAAGGGUGCAAAGAGAGUUUAUGCAUUUGCCACGCACGGCCUGUUUAGCGGACCUGCGAUAGACAGGAUCCAAAAAAGUGCACUGGAAGAGGUCGUCAUCACGGACACAAUCAAAGCACGGCCUAUGGUCACUAGUUGCAAGAAAAUAAAAAUUCUUUCCAUUUCCAUUUUAUUGGCGGACGCAAUUCGCCGAAUUCACCAGAAGGAGAGUCUAAAUGACUUAUUCAACUUCGCCAGUGCACCCCGCUUGCAACAAGCUGCAAACAACUACAGCAACCCCAGUGUAUGGCUCAAAUCGAGUCAGUCGGCUGCGGGGCCUGCAGACACUCGGGGCGGUUUGGCAACGGCGGACACGAAGUAUUGGUUCUGGGGGCCCCACACGUUCGUGCUGAUGGAACCGCAGCCAGGGGCCUCCUCCAGUACUCUCAUUAAGGCGGCAACAGGGGAUCCUUCUAGGGGACCUUCCCUGCCUCCUUCUUUAAAACGAUGGCUCCCUGAUUUCCUUAGUGAAAACCCUUACUUCUGUGCAGGCUUUGGUUUGGCGGGUCUAGGUGCUGCUGCCUCUAUAACAAGAGCUGGUACUCGUGCUUUAAAGGGUAUAUGGCAGCACGUGCUGCGAUAUAAGAAGGCCUUGCUGCUUGUAGAUCGUCAGCGGUCAGGGGAGGUGGUGGACUUUAGCUCGGGAUCGCCUUGGGAGACUCUUACCCUUACCACUCUGUCCUUAUAUAAACACUGCUUAUCCGACCUAGCUCAGCUUGCAGCUAAGGGUGUAUCAGAGAGUUUAUUAGCAGAUGUGUAUAGAUUUCUUUCUUCUUCCUCUUGGUAUUUAAGUAGAGGAAUUCCCUAUCGUCGUGGUUAUCUUCUGCAUGGCCCCCCCGGCUGUGGUAAGAGCAGCUUUGUCUUAGCCUUAGCAGGAAAACUUAAAUAUAAUAUUUGCGUCCUUAAUAUUGCCGACCCUCAUCUUACAGAUGACAGACUGCAAUACCUACUCGCGACAGUCCCUCCUCGUUCGCUGCUGCUGCUGGAAGAUAUCGACGGCGCCAUCCGCCGUUCUGAAGCAGCAAGUGAAAAGGAGGGUGCAACAGUAGCAGCAGCAGCAGCAACAGCAGAUAGGCCCACUUUAACUCAGCUAUCCCUUAAUCCCUUCGGUGCAAGAAGCGUCACAUUCAGUGGCCUCCUCAAUGCACUCGAUGGUGUAGUGGCAACGGAAGAGAGGAUUAUAUUCCUAACAACAAACCAUCCUGAGAGGUUGCCGGCCUCCUUAAUACGUCCGGGCCGAGUCGAUCUUAAGGUCCGCAUUGGGUAUGCAACCCCUCAUCAGCUUAAGAAACAGUUUUUCCGUUUUCUACCAGAUGCAACAGAGGAAGCUGCGGAGGAGUUCGUCUCUCUUUUGUCUCCUCUCCGCAUUACUAUGGCCGAGCUGCAGGGUUUCUUCUUAUUCUGCCGUGAUGACUGCAAACAGGCAUUAGAAAUGGCAAAGGCUUGGAAAGAAGCAGACCAGCAGGUGCUCCAGGAAAUGCAACUCAAGCAGCAGCAGCAAGAUAUGCAACAGGCUGAACGCCAGCAGAAACAGCAGCAGCAGCAACAACAGCAGCGGCACCAAGCGCAACAACAGACAAAGAAACACACCUGA